AUGGCUGAAGCAGGGGUUGUGUUGGGUAACAAACUUUUAUUGGACCAUCCUGGAUGUAGGAGACACAGGAUAUCGGUCCAUACUGGUGUUAGUGGUAUAACGGUUGGAAUACCAGGUGUUUUUAUGCCUUAUGAAGACACAAGUGGAACUAAGGAUACUGAGAUUAAUAUGGGAAAUAGUGAAAAUGGGGGCGCUUUUGGCUGUGUUAAUGUGGAGAAUUAUUCGAAAGGUGAAAACGUAGAGACAGAGGCUGAAUGGAGUAUACCUGUAGGUGAUACUACCUCGCGACUUGAGGUUACCCCAAGCACCAAGAUACGGGAUGCCAUAACUGUAGCUCUUGACAAAUUAAAAACAGAGAACCAACUAUUAUGGAUAGGUGUGGGCCCAGCAGUUUCGAAGCUUGUCUCAAUGGCAGAAAUUGUUAAAAAACGUGUAAAAGGUCUUCAUCAGGUUACGCAGCUUAGUUACAAAAGAGUUGAUGAAUACUGGGAACCUAAGCUAGAAGGUCUUGAUCGUCUAAAGGUCACACGUGAGGUACCAGCUGUUGCUAUUCUUUUAUCAAAAGAUCCCCUGGAUGCGUCUCUUCCUGGGUACCAGGGACCAGGGGCAACAGGAGAGGAACUUUGGCUAAGUAAAUCCCAAGCAAAAAAGAAAAACAACAGCAACAAAAAUAAACAAAGACAAACAUUUGACAAGAAUUCUGGACCUAGAGAUAACAAAAAUCAGAACCCAAAGAAAGAAAAAGACUACAAAAACCAAAACUGGAGAGAAGGCAGAGCUAAAUCAGAAAGGAUUCCUCAUCAGAAGAAGGAUACCAGAAGUGAGGCCGAGACACCAAAAGGAAAAUCUGAAAAUGUUCCAGAAAACUCUAAUGAACCGUAAAAUAAAUAUGAAGGCAUUUGUUUUAAAUGCCACCCAAGAUUAAAAUAUCAAUAUAUUUA